UUUCACUGAAUUCACAGCUGUUCACAUCAAUUCACACAGAGACAGAGUUAUGUAAUAAUUACAUUUUUUGUGUGUGUAUUAUAUUCAUAACAAUAAACAUUGUAGUAAAUUUACAAUUAUUAUUGAUUAUUAAUUUAUACUAACAAUUAAUUGGCAUUUAAAUUUCAUUAAAAAGUUGAUAAAGACGUACUCCAAUUUCCACCACGAGACCACGAGGUGUUAUAUUUUUACUCAUAAAAAGCAAUAAAUCAACAAUUUAUUAUUUUAAAAAAAUAAAAAAUUAAAUUGUUUAUAUAUCAGCUAAAAAUUUAAAAUGCCUAAAAAAUCAAGUAAAAAACAGCACAAAGCUAGUGCAAAAAGAUCUAAAAAUAAUCAUUAUUUUGAUCAUGAUGAUCGUGAUGGAAGACGAGCUGACAAUGAUAGUCACUUUAAUGGCUUUAAUGGAAGACCCAGAGUGUCAUUUAAAAGCGUCAACAAGAGCAAUAAAAAAGGAAUUACAAAUGUCGGAUUAGCAGCACUCAAGUCUUGUCUAGACGAUGAUGAUGUUGCAAUGGUACCAGUUGCCAAUGGCAAUAAUGCCACCAGAAUAAUUGGAUCUCGAGGAAAAGGACGUGGUGGUUACGUCAACAACAGACGUCGUGUUGAUCCACCUCUUCGUGAGGGUUAUUGCUAUAAAAUUCAUAUAUACUUUGGUAAAAAGCUUGAUAAAGAAACACUUAUUGGACUUCUUCUCAAUCCAAUACAACCAGAUGUUUUUAUGCCAAUAAUGUACCAAGAAUGUGAACAUGAUGUUAUAUUUUACAUUGAUGAUUUUAAAGUUGCUAAAAAAUUAUUAUCACUUGAUCGUAAAAUACUAACACCGGAUGGUUUUAAAAUUCAUUUUCAAGUAACUCAACAAAGUCCACCGUCAAAAAUUAAUGAGGAUGUUAUAAAUAAAAUAAAAUUAGCAAUGAACAAAAGAUAUGUAGCUAAUGAAAAUUCACUUGAUUUAUCAGCAUUUCAUAAUGAUUGCGAUCUCGCAUCAGAAUAUUAUUUGCCUCUUCAUCGUAAUAAUGUACUGAUUGAAGUAUUAGAUAUUAUUGGUGCUACUGGAAAUAUAUCUGAAACAUUGAAUGCAUUGUAUUUGAAUAGAAAUCAUUUUGAAAGUAUUCAUAAACUCAGUAUUCUUAGAUCAAAGUGUCCAAAUUUAAAAAUUUUACACAUUUGUGAUAACAAAAUCACCUUGUUGAAUCAACUUGAAGCUGUCAGGGGACUUAGAUUGGUUGAACUCAACCUGACUGGAAAUCCAGUUUGUAUGCGUUACGAAAAUCGUCAUGAAAAAUAUGUUGGGGAUUUGCGGACAAUAUUUCCAAGACUAAUGAAAUUGGAUGAUAUAAAUUUAUUACCUCCAAUAUUAUUUGAAGUUGACGAUGAAGCCCAAUGUCCUAUAACAAUAAGAAGCUUUGAUGUUUCAUGUGAACCAUACAAAACUGCAAAUGAAUUUCUUAUAGAAUAUAUCAAAUAUUUCGAUAGUGAAUCACGUCAAACACUAGCAGAUGCAUACGAUGAAAAUGCUGUUUUCAGUAUUACCCUAUCAUCACCACCAUCACAAAUGUACAAAUUUGAUAUAUAUCGUAAAGACAAUCGUGAUUUAAUGCGAACAAAAAAUGUAAUAGAAAGAAGAAGCUUAUUGAAACAUGGCAAAGCUUCAAUCAUCAGUUAUAUAUCAUCAUUACCACAAACCACACAUUGUCUCUCCAAUUAUAUACUUGAUGCUACACUUGUCACUGAAAACAGGAUUGCAAUGACAACAACAGGAUUCUUCAAAGAAUUGAACACUAAAAAUGAAAUUAUAAGAUGUUUUGAUCGCAUAUUUAUAAUUGUUCGUGAAGGUGCUGGAUGGUACAUUACAAAUGACCAAUUAAGUUUAUCUCAACCAACACCAAAACAAGAAAAAAAUAUAUCAAAGCUAAUUGUUAAUGAAGAAACACAACGACAACAACAACAACAAUUAUUACUGCAACAGCAACAACAAGAACAACUACAACAACAACAACAACUACAAGAACUACAACAGCAAUUAGAACAACAACUUCAACUACAAGAACCAACAUCAUCAACAUCAACCACAAUUGUUGAACCUUCACGAGAUUUAUUAAUGAUCCACAAACUCAGUGAAGAAACUAACAUGAAAUUAGAAUGGAGUGAACAAUGUUUAGCUGAAUAUUGUUGGAACUUUGACAAUGCUCUUGCUUCAUUUAAAUAUUUAUUUGAGCAUGGUAAAAUUCCUCAAGAAGCAUUCCAACUAGUAUAA